AGCGGUUGUGGGAAGACAUCUCCUUCCGCUUUCAACUCUGAUUUUGAAACCAGCCCCUGAAAAAAAAUGUCGCGUGUUGAGAGCUGCUUCUCUCGCUGGAACCUCCGUUCCAGAUUCACGUGCAACGAUGUCUCUCGCCGAGUUUGAGCUGGUUUCCUACUGUUCGCUGAAUGAUUUCCAGGAGUUCUCUGAUUUCCGACUCAGCCUGAAUCACUGGAAGACCGGUUUCAGACCUAGAAAACCUAAAUCGAUUUUAGGCGAAUUUUCGCAGGUUCUUUGUCUGUGCUUGAGUGCUAAUGUUGUUUGGGACUCGUCGUCCUGUGCUGUAGAGUCUGUUAUUGAAUGUCGUUGUUUUUGAGGAAUCAGGAACGGUUUGCGUUUACUGUUCCUCCGCGACCUCAAGUGUCGAUUACUGUAGCUUUAAGCUGAAUCCGUUACUCUGCUUUCUGGUUCUGUUUCUAUGGCAAGGACGAAACAAAAUGGGGCUGGGGGAUCCUCAAUUGUCACCAGGUCAUCCCCCAGAUUUGUUGUUCUUGAUACACUUGAGGGAGAUUUCCCUGAACUUGGUGCUGUUACCAAGCCUGGGCUUUCACCAGCGAGGAAACCUGCUACAAAUUCGCAGGUUGUAAAGGGUGUUGUCCCUGUGAUAGCACAUGAAGUUCAAGCUACUGGAAUUGUGGAGAAAUCAACUCUGGUUGCUGCUGGUAAAACUGCAGGUCUUAGCGCUGGAACCACUGCUGCUAUUGCAACUAGGCAGAUUGUACCUGGCCAAAAUUCUGGGAAUGGCAAGAAGCCUGGGAAUCCUGCUGCUGGUGUCCCUGAUACUUGUCCAUCUCCUGAGGUGAAUUUCCCUCAACUGGUUGCUACGUUUGACACACCUGGGACUGCAUCACCUGCUGCUGAAUUGCCUGGCAAAUCACCUGCUGCUAUAACUGGGCCAGUUACUUCUACUCGGCUAAUCAAUGGCAAAGCCACUGCUGUGAAACACUUGAAACUGGCAGAAACUUCAACAAUAAUACCACCUUGGAACUCUUUGUUUAAAGACAACUGUGACCCAAAAAUUGGGAUUAAGUUGAAGUAUGUUCCACCGAAAGGUGAAAUAGUGGAUUUUGGGGACCGAGUACUACCCUCGAUGGUUGAAAUGUGGGGACACUGUCUAGUGGGACACUUCACCGGAAAAUUCCCCGGACUCAAAGCGGUCCAUGAUUUGAAAGCUUCAUGGGGUGUAAAAUGUUUUGUACGGUCCCAUAAUAAGGGGUGGAUUAUUUUUAAGUUUCAAGAUGGGGAGGAUAGAUCGAAGGUACUACAUGGGGGACCUUACACCGUGUUUGGGAAGCUCCUAAUGCUUAAAGAACUUUCAGAGGACUUCACUUUUGAGGAUGAGGAAUUUCUUAAAAUACCAAUUUGGAUCAAGUUUCCUAAACUACCAAUGUGUUUAUGGAAUGAUGAGGCUAUGAGUGAGGUGGCAUCUAGGGUCGGGGUCCCAAUUACCACGGACAAGAUCACUCAAGAGAGGGCUAACAAUGAUUUUGCUAGAGUUCUAAUUGAGGUUGAUCUCACAAAGCCACCACCACUACAUUUUCCUAUACGACUACCUUCCCGAAAGGUAAUCAAGCAAAGUGUAGUUUAUGAAACUUUUCCUAACUUUUGCUUUCAUUGCAAAGAAUUUGGGCACCACCCUUUUAUUUGUAAGAAGCUAGCCAUACAGGAGGAUGGAGAAAAUGAGGCUUCUAUUUUGGUGGAUAGCCGGCCAGUAGCUACUGCUCAGGGAUGCCCGACCAAGCUCCCCCCUGGCCCAACCGGAUCUCUGAUUGUUGCCAAGGUGCCUGAAUCUCCUGCUGCCCGACCGACCGGGUGCUGCACUGACCCGAUCGGGUAUACAGAGCAGUUCUCCUCCCAGGGGUCUGCCAAAGAUGAUAUGGCUGCUGUUGCUAUUCCAUCUGCUAAAGGGGUUGCAGCUCCUACCCAGGAGGUCAUCAAACAACCUGCUGCUACGCUUGAUAGGAAUGCUACACCUGCUCCUACGCUUGAAACUAAAACUGCCCAAGAAGAACUUCCUGCUGCGUUUGAAGAAGCCGGUGCUGCUGUGCUUGUACCAACCCAUGUUCAUCCUGCUGCUGCGUUUCUCGAAGCUAGGGGGAGGACUGUGAGAAAUGAAAGUGAUUUGAAACAAGAUGAUGUUGUCAUUAUUUGUGAGAUCAUAAACGGUAAGACGCUCAAGUUGAUUGUUAAACCAUUUAAGUACGUCCAUGCUAGUGUCAUUAGAGUGGAUACCUCUUUUCGACUUACGGAUGACUUGGAUAAGAAGGGCCUAACUUUCACCACCCAUUGUCUUGAGAGGUUGCCGGGGGUUACUAAGAAGAGAGGGGAGGUUUGCUUUGAUUCAAAGUUCACUACUCCUUUCCGUACGUUCUUUGGAGGUUAAAUUAGGGGUUCCUAAUUUUUGUUUGGUGAACCAGUUUCUUGAGUUUAUUUUGCUCCUAAUGUUUUUAGGUGCAUUUUGUUGACUUGUGAGGAUUCCUAUAUUGAUGUUGUGGUAUCCCAUGUUUCGGGAUAUGCACUUUAUUUGUAACAUUGACUUGUUAUUUCUUU